AUGUCCGAUACAGCCAGCCCAGUGCCAGAGCCGGCGCCCCAGGCUGAGAAGCCUCUGGGAAUGCGCAAGAAUGGCAAGCAAUGGCAUGCUCCAAAGAAGGCCUUCCGACCCACAGCCGGCCUCAAGUCUUAUGAGAAACGGUCGCAAGAGCGUGCUCUGUUGGCGCAGAUAAAGGCGAAGGAAAAGGAGAUGAAGGAUGAGAAGGAGCAGUUGCGACAGGAAAGGAUCCAAGCUAUCAAGGCCAAGCGAGAAAAGAAGGAGGAGAAGGAGCGAUACGAGAAGAUGGCCGAGAAGAUGCACCGAAAACGAGUCGAGCGGCUGAAGCGCAAGGAGAAGCGAAACAAGCUGAUCAACUCGUGA